AUGUUUGAUGAAAGGACAACAUUUAUAUAUCUUCUCAAUCUUUGCUUCGUCAACCCAUUGGAUGUUCCACGUGUUGGCGAAGAGGAAGAAAAUGUUGAAAUGAUGAAGAGAGUUAUUCAAGCAAAUCCUCAGUUAUCAGAACCAGAGCGUAACUUACUCUCUUGCCUUUACAAGUCAAUAAUUAAUCGUAGGAGAGAAGUAUUGAGAGAUUUUGAUAAGAAGUUUGUUGAUGAGAUUGUUGAUUAUCCAAAUAGAGUUCAAAGACUUGACGAAUUCCGCGAAAAACUUGUCAGUGAAAUUGAUGAGCAUUGCGAAGAUUUAUGCAAGCUCAUUGAGACAGAACUCCUUCCUGUUGCAAAUAAUCCAGAAACAAGAGUUUUCUAUGAAAAAAUGGAAGCAGACUAUUACAGAUACAUGGCUGAGAAUCACACAGGUGAUGAAAAAGCAGCAAUUAUUGAAAAAGCUGGUUCUCAUUACGAAACUGCCCUUGCUAUCUCAAACUCUGAGCUUUCUCAAGCAUCAACAACUGCUCUUGGAUUGACAUUGAACUAUUCCGUUUUCUUAUACGAAAUGAUGGAUAGACAUCAAGAAGCUAUCGAUCUUGCUGCAAAAUCAGUGCAGGAAACAAUCGACUUACUUGACACUCUCAGUGAUAAAACCUACAAUGAAGCAACAAAAAUUAUCUACCUUCUCAAAGAUAAUGUAAAGAACUGGAAAGAACGCUUAAAUCUUUAA